UUGUUUGAUGCGCGGGGGUUGUCCUAGAGGGGUUUCAGCCUGUCUCACCACGCUCGCUACAGCAGAUUAAACAAACGCGCGUGAUAACGUUUUGGAGAAGUUAAAAAAAAAAAAAAAGAAAGAAAAGAAAAUCAAUGAUUUAUGCACCACACCGUGUAGCCAACAUCGCCGAAUGGGAUUAUGGCGCAUCUAACGGACUGAUAGCAGAUACUCCUGGUGAUUCAAACUGUGGAGCUGGACCUCAUCCUGAAAAAGAACUUCUCCCUGACUUCUCACAAGGAUUAGCGUGGGACACAGAUGCAUUCUUUAGAACAGAGAAACGGGCAACUUCAGUAUACUGGAUCCCUCCCACAACCAGCUUCUCAUUCCUCCCAUAAUGCAUCAAGUUCUUGGUCUGAAAACACCAUGCAUCAGUACAUUAAUGCAAACUCAGGGGUCCAACAAUCACAGAGCGCAAAUAUUUCCUUUCUCAAUGGAGUUUCUGCUAACGGACAAAUGCCGAAUCAGCAGUGCACUGAAGGCCUUCAUCUGGAAACUAACCUUUGGAAUAAUAAUUUGAAGGGUUGUAACAGAAUGCUUUCUGGUAAUCCGACAAACACUUCUAACUCUUUUCCAUCACCAACGAGUGGACCUCAGAUUCAAACUCUGCAAUAUUCUAAUUCAAAUUAUGCUAAUCAGAGUUUAGCAAGUUAUUCCAGCCCAACUACUACAUUCCACCACUGGAAUCAAACAGCUGCAGUGAAUGAGGCGUCCACAUCAAGGAUUCAGGAUGCAUCUCAUCUCCAGCAAAACCAGUCUUCCCAUAGUUACCAUCAACCAUCAAACGGAUAUGUUACCCCAUAUGCAACAUCAGCUCCUUCACUUCCCUACCAACAGAUGGUCAAGCCAGGCUCAUUGACGUCUGCAGCCUCUGAAAAUGUCCAAACAUAUCAAGUGGCUCAUUACAACUCUGCACUACAAUCCUCAUCGAUUACACUGGUUCAGAACUUUCCCAACACAAGUGAGAAUUCUCAACAAGCAAGAACUCAACCAAACUCAUCCUUUUACAACCUUGAAGGUCCCACCAACUCCAGAAAUACAAAUGUAAACAAUCAGUAUACUCAGAACCCUUCUCCAAAAAAAUCCAUCAAACAUCCCAUAGAUUAUAAGGCACAACAGCAGCUUCCACCUUCUUAUGAAAGCCAUUGUUUCAGUAAUACAUCCAGACAAUCCAAUCAAACUAUGCAACCUGUGACCUCGGCUGGCUCUCGAAGUUGUAACUUGAGUGCUACCCAACCUCUAUCACUCCAUUCUGUGCAAACUUUACCUCAAGGUGCAAUGCCAAGAGGGCCGCUCACUGUAAAUCCUCUUCAGCAAAAUGCUUUACCGGUGGGUUUCACCAUGAACACAGCAGCAGGGGUGAAAGAGCGAGAGAAGCCAGUCGAUGUUUCACUCCCUGGCAAUAAUAUGGUCUCGAAACGUUGUCCAGCAGGAUUCCAAAAUGAGGGUCCAUCAGAGAAAAGCUCAGUGAGGAUAAAUAAGGUUGAUGCAUUCUUGAAACAGCAUCCAUAUCUAAUUAAUAUAUUAGGAUAUUCUCCAACUGUCAGACCUGCAGAAGACUCUGCUCGGCCAAUGCCAGCUCAUUCUGUUACCAGGGCUGUUGCUGUUGUGCCACCAUUGUCACAGGAGGAUGGGCAUGCCUCCUCUUACACUCCAACUUGUAAUCCUAAAAAUAUCACAGACAUUAUACCUGAAGUGGAAAAAGAGGUUGCAUUUGUAGAGGAGUCUAAUGUGGACCAAGAAGAUCCAAAUCCAGUGACAGUCAACAACACAGCGGCCAGUGAUGGUGCUGUUGUAACAAUCUCAGUCUCUGAAAGUCCUAGCUCCUCUCAAGGUUCUGAGCAGGACGGUCUUGGACCACCUACACUGAAAUGUUCAGAUAUACUACCGAGUCAAACCCGUCCUGAGGAACAAAAUGAAGUACCUACACCUCCAUCACCACCUGUCUUAGAACUUUCUUCCAUCCCAACUGUAACCUGGACAAUGGAUUCUCUAGAUAAUUUAUUGUUAGAAACGGAAAAAGCUCAAGUCAAGCCAAGAGAAGAUCCAAAGCAUUCAGUCAUAGACCAAAUACUAAACACAUUUUGGAAUUCAGACAUUGAAACAUGCCAUAAGUGCUACAAGGAGUUGAUGGAAUCAAAGCAUAUUACUUAUGUUGCUUUUGUAUGUAAACGUAUCCCAAAACACUGUGUCAUACUAUCACAAAUUCAUCCUGCUUAUAAGGAGAACCUCAAACAAUACCACGUGCUUAAAAAUGAUGAGGUGUAUUCAGAGCAGCUGUAUAAAUCGUUGUGGUUGAAUGUCAACGAUCAGUUGGAUGACAUUGACAAGGAAUUUGGCUUCCCUUGGACUUUGAUGCAGCAUCAUUAUGUGCAUGAGACUUGCAGCCAGAUAAAUACAACUGAUAAAAAUUCUGAACUACUUGCACCUGAGGUGCAGAACAAUGUUUCAUCACAGCUAGCGUCUGAAUCGGUUGAUCUAACUGAUGAUGACGAAGAAGCCUCUCCUGUUGCAUCCCCCUCAUCAGAAGAUACGUCUGACUCAAAGUACUCAUUUAAGUUGGAUGUUUUGCCUCCAGAAGAAGCCAGAGCGAUCUAUGAAAAAGUUCAAAAUCUGGUUAAUCAAAACCUUGAUUUUGAGGAUGUGAUGAAAGUGAGGGGUUCAUUGCAACCAAAGAUAUCCAACGACUUAGAUGGUGCAGCAGAAUCAAACAUGAAGAACAAACCGGAGCAAAUUCAAGUCAUUUGCUGCUUUGCAAAGUUCAUAGAAAUGCAUUCACCAGUUGCUUCAUCAUCUCUUAGAUGCACGUGCAAAGAAAAACAGAGUUGCAAUGAAAGUGUUGUCAAACCUGAUCUAGAGAACUCUUCAGAAAACACAGACAAUGAACCUAUAACACUAAGUUCCCCAGAGCACUGCUUUAAAAUCGAUAAAAUCAUUGACCUGACUAAUGUGGAUGAAGACCUCUACUCAAAUUCUGAUCAAGCAUCAGAGAUGACUGACAACAGUUGGUUGAACAUUGUCAGCUCGAGUGAUGUAGAGAAUACAGAUUUUAUCCCUGAAGAACCUGAAAGUGUUAGUGAGAAUGUAAACCUUGCAAUUGCCAUAACCCAAUCAGAAGAUGAGACUUUAAAAGGAGAGGUCAAAUCCACAGAAGCCACUCAGUCUGCUUCUUCAGCCAGUAGUUCCACACAGAAUGAACCCAUGGAACUUCACAGCAGUGAAACUGAAGAUAUUCUACAGAUGUCCGAACAUGAAGAAAACUGUGAACAAGCAGAGGAGGCAGAGUCAUGUUUAGAAAACGAAGGACAAACUCAGAUUACCAAUCCAACAUUGUCAAGCCUUCAUGUCAGAGAAAAAACAAAUGAAGAAAGACAGAAACAACAGAGCAGUCUUGACCCAUUUUCCCCAGACCUAAGUACACCAAAGAAACCAGUCAGUAUUGCCACACAGAGUGAACAUAAAGAACUUCCCAUCAGUGAAACUGAAGAUGAUCUACAGAUGUUAGACCAUGUAGAGAACUGUGAACAAGCUUCUGAGGAGGCAGAGUCAUGUUUAGAAAACGAAGGACAAACUCAGAUUACCAGUCCAACAUCGUCAAGCCUUCAUGUCAGAAAAAAAACAAAUGAAGAAAGACAGAGCAGUCUUGACCCGUUUUUACCAGACCUAAGUACACAAAGAAAAGCAAACUUCCAACUGCCUCCUCAGUCCGUAUUGCCACACCUGAACACAAGGAACUUCCCAUGUCAGACCAAGAAGAGAACUGUAUACAAAACAGCAGAGGAGGCAGAGUCAUGUUUAGAAAACGAAAGACAAACUCAGAUUACCAAUCCAGCAUCUUUCAGCCUUCGUGAAAAAGUCAGAGAAAAAACAAAUGAAGUAGGACAGAAGAGACAGAGCAGACUUGACAAGUUUUUCCCAGGCCUAAGUACACCAAAGAAACCCAAACUUCCAACUAGUCCGCUCCUGUUGGAUGUCCCUGAACCUCAGCCUGAAGCCUCAGAAAUAAAAACCAUGAGGUUGGCAUUGUUUGGCUCAAAAACAAGAAGAAAUAGUGUUUUUUCUAGAAACAAAACUUUAAUAAGUAGUUCUACAAAACUUGAACCACCAGAGAUUCUGUCUUUUAAACUGGACACAUCGACGAAGAAACCCACACAAUCUGGUUUCACAGGAAACUACACAGUUAAACAGUAUUUAUAUCAAAAAUGGUUGAACAGUAUGCCAACUCUGAACGGUUCAGUUAAAAAUGGAUGCAAAAACAAAUUGAAAAGACAAAACGUGUCUGGAUAUACAAAGGAUUCAAAAGUGGACUCAAUAUCUGACAGGAAACAUAAGUGCUCCCUCAGUCUGAAGAAGAGGAGGAAGAGGGGGCGAUACGGUGUCAGGGUGUGUCAGCCUGCAAAUCAGGAUCUGGACAAGAAGCAGUAUAGAGAUGUUCCCAUCACGUCACUCAAGGAAAACAUCGUCUUGAAGUUAAAUGGCUUACCAAAUACCUUUGACUUCAAAAAUGGGUCCAACGGGGUGAUGGAGAUCCCUGGUCUUGAGUCAGGCUAUGUUUUAGCACCUCAUCCUGUGCCAGUGCCAGAAGAUCUUUGUGCACAGUUCCACAGGGCAUCAAAAGGUGACAUCAUCACUGCACGUGUGGUCGAGAAUUGGUCAAAACUCACCAUUAUGCCGGAAACCUGUGUAGCGCCCAUCAGAAUCUGGAAACUCCUGCCCUAUCCAGAGAACAGCUCACACUUGAAUGACCACACGUAUCAUUUAUCCCAGUAGCCAGCACCAGCUCACAAAACUGUGAUAAGCUAAUAAGGACACAAAUGUGUUAUCAUUACUUGUAGCUGCUUUAGUCUUUUAUUAUGUCAGAUAUUAUGUAAAAUAUUUUUUAUGCUUUUGUGUAAAUGUUUAAUAAAGAAGUUUUUAUAAAAAUGUGUGUUUCUGUGUUGCCAGUCCCCACAUGCCAAAGACAGUGGCAAGCUGAAACACACUGGACUGGCUUAUGCGAGUAAAAUCAGCCAGAAGACAGGAGCCCAGCUGCACAAACAAGCAUCCAAGCUGAGGGUCACAGAAGGGUCACAGGGACAAGAGGACAGAACUGGGCAAAAGGUCAGGAGGCUGACCCAACCUCUGGCAGGAGCGGGAAAAGAAGGACUGGAACAGAGUGAAGACAGCCCAUCGGAUCCAGAAGUCCUCUCAGGAAUGCUGAAGGGAAACUGACGCUUUGCUACACAGAUGAUUUAUGACCUGUGCACUCAUGUAGAAUGCUGCAUGUAGUGAUCUGUGCCCUCAUGUAGAAUGCUGUAUGUCGUGAAAAUGAUACCAAAUGUCUUGUGUUGAGCUAAAAAGUGUGUAUCUGGUAAAUGACCCCAUGACCUUACUGUCAUGAGAUAAUGAUAUAUGUGACUUUUACCUUGUCUAAGCUGGCCCAGGGAGGGUAUAAAAGAGCAGCCCUGAGCAGAGCUGGGACAGAAGUUGGGGCAUACGACAGGAAGAGACAGAGCAGAGCUGGGGGAGAAGAGGUCGGCCUCCGUCCUCUGGACGGAGGCUGACAGAGAGAAAAGUUUGGGGCGAUCCACAGAAGACCGAGUUGGUGUAAAUCAACUCCUUAUUUCUUAAUCAAUCAUUAGAACUAAUUCCUCCUUGGGGGAAGCAGUUAAUUUUAUAUUUACUCAUUUUUGUAUUUUUUGAUCUUGUAAUAAACUUUUUGGAAAAAGA